AUGGCGGCAACCGCGACCACGGCAGCGGUAACGGCAUCUAUCAGUACCAAUACGCAUCAGACUGUCGUUGUCACAAGCUUCCCUUUCAACCCCUUGACGACCCAGUUCGCACAGCCAACCCAGUGCGAUGGCAUCUACUAUGGCGACGUCUACAUGGUCGACCCCCAAGACGAAUGUUUGCCCACAAGCCUCAAUAAGCAGGAGACUGCUUACUUCUCCCCCGGCUAUGUGUGCCCGCAGGGCUACAUGACCGCCAAGGUCGACAACAUUGGUGUCCACAGCAUCACUACGGUCACUUGCUGCCCAUAUCGCAGCGAUAUCAUCCUUUCCGCCGUCGACCCCGCCACUCUCGCCGGUCAAUGGGCCAAUCUUUUCUGCACGUGGAUUGCCCCUGAGGCUACGCGCAUCGACAUCACUCACACUGACGACGGCCGCACCUGGACUGAACAGGCGCUUAUGACCCCUCCUGGUGGUGUAAAUGCUUACGGCGUACGCAUGGUCUAUCAGUCGUCCGAUGUAGAAUUUGCAAGCGCGACAGCGGCGAGCGGCACAGACUGGGACAUUGUGAGGACGAAUACAGGAUUAAUCACGGGGACCGCAGCCACAGCAAGAGCGACCGCAUCCGGGUCAUCCGAGCUGUCCACCGGCGCCGCCGUUGCGAUCGCGGCUGUCGUGCCGGUCGUUUUCAUCGGAUUGGUGGCCGGCAUCGCAUUUUGGUGGUGGAGGAAACGACGAGCGGAAAGGUAUAAUCGCAUGAACGGCAACGGCCCUCCGCAGGACUCGAUCCCGAAUCAGAGCUCGACGAUGAAUCAGACGAACCAUGUUCAUCAGGUGCCGAAUAUGCAGCAACAAUACCAGCAGUACCAGCAGCAACAACAGCCGGCCAUGCAGAACAUGCAAGCCGUGCAGUCUCCUUCGUCGACGUAUCAGUCCUCCUUGACGGCGGCUCACGUUCAUCAACAUCCACAUACGCAGCAGUACAGGGGCUACAAGGGCUAUGCAGGUUCCAAGCUGCCAAAUCUUUCAGAAGGGGAAUCGUCCGUGACGGGACAGAACGUGACGCCGACGUCCGAGCUUGCGGCUCCGGUACCAUUAGAGUUGCCAAACAACCGCAACGACGAUAGUCAUGAAUACCGGACCAUAACCGCGAGAGGCCAGCAUAUCGACCACCAAAAGAUGAUGGGCAUGGGCCCACUCAAAUAG